AGAAUUCUAAUGAUUUGUUUUCUUUUGGAGCACCUCCAUGUGCCCGGCCCAUGUGCAAUUGCGUGUAGCCUACCCUGCCCCUCUGUGAUCAACAACAGCGUGCAGGCACACAGAGCUAGAAGUAUUAAGACAAGCAGACCUCCCAUUUUUAACGGACGGUGAUCAGGUACAUUAUAGAUGACGGGGGCUGACAGCAAUCUUAAUGAUUCGUUCAUUCGAGGCUGUUGCGGAUUUGUUUUUCUUCCAGUCUCAUAAUAUCAAGUGACACGAGUGCACUCAUGCAGAUGCUAGUACUUGCUGAAGCGGAAUUGGUCUGUCAACUGGAAAUUAGAAAUUAGUGGUGGCAAUCGCAAAACGUUUCGAAAUCAAGAGUGACAUUCAGUGCAUUUUAUUUUAUUUUAAUAUUUCAUUUAAUGUUGAUAACAACCGUGAGCUUCCCCGUUGCGAGAAUUCCUUCAGGGCGUCGUUAUUAAAUUACAGUACCCAAUAAAAUAAGGGAAGCGAUUUUAGAAACUUAAAAUCCACAACAACAACAACAACAACAACAACAAUGGGCAGCACUGCGAUGGACACGAAGAAAAAGAAAGAUGCUACGACGAAGAAGAACCAGAAAAAGAGAACGCUUCGAUUAAACAUGCCAGACCUCAGCGCGUUUGCAAUGCCUUUCCUUGAUGGGGAUAUUGACAGUUCAGAAAAGGAUGGCAUACGAAAGGCAGAAAGCAGCCGGCCCUCAAGCAGCCCCACCAAAGGCUUCUUCUCAAGGGUACCUCCCUGCCGGCCCUCCAGCCCCAUGUCAGCACCGGCCCGGUCCAAACAAAGCCCGGGCUCCCCCAAAACCCUCUUCCCCUACUCCUACCAGGAGUCCCCACCCAAAACCCCCCGCCGCAUGAGCUUCAGUGGAAUGUUCCGCUCCUCCUCGAAGGAGUCCUCCUCCAGCACCUCCACGUCCCCUGUCAGCAUCAAGUUCUUCUCGAGGUCCAGGAAGGCUUCAGGACCCCCCUCUCCACCUUCUACUCCAACCCAAGUGACCAAUCAGCCCUCCUUUCCCCUGGAGGCGUACAAGAAUGAGCCAGAACGGUUAGCGGCGCGUCUCCGCUCUUACUCCUCCCCCCCGGACACUGGCCAGCGUCUCUCCCUCCACACGGGCCAGACUGUGGUCUCAGCCAAGCCGCCCACACCCUCCCCGGCCCCCAUUGCUACCUCAGCACCUGUUCACGGGUUAGCAGAAGGCAUGCUGGAGAAACUUGAGCUGGAGGAUGAAGCUGUUGAAGAAUCAGAAAGUGAUAUUUACAUGAGGUUUAUGAAGUCACACAAGUGCUAUGACAUCGUGCCGACCAGCUCCAAGCUUGUUGUCUUCGACACUACAUUGCAAGUUAAGAAGGCUUUCUUUGCAUUGGUGGCGAAUGGUGUCCGUGCAGCCCCGCUAUGGGAGACUAAAAAGCAGAGCUUCGUAGGAAUGUUAACAAUUACAGACUUCAUUAACAUACUGCACAGAUACUACAAGUCGCCAAUGGUACAAAUCUACGAGCUAGAAGAACACAAGAUUGAAACAUGGAGGGAACUGUACUUGCAGGAAACGUUUAAGCCUUUGGUGAACAUAUCACCUGAUGCAAGCAUAUUUGAUGCAGUGUAUUCGCUCAUCAAAAACAAAAUUCACCGGUUGCCGGUUAUCGACCCCGUCAGCGGGAAUGCACUUUAUAUCCUCACUCACAAGAGAAUCCUGAAGUUUCUGCAACUUUUUGUAUCGGAGAUGCCAAAGCCUGCCUUCAUGAAGCAGAACCUGGAAGAGCUGGGGAUCGGAACCUACCACAAUAUUGCCUACAUCCACCCAGACACUCCCAUCAUAAAAGCAUUGAAUAUAUUUGCUGAUAGGAGAGUGUCCGCGUUGCCUGUGGUGGAUGAAUCAGGAAAAGUUGUUGAUAUUUAUUCCAAAUUCGAUGUUAUAAACCUCGCUGCUGAAAAGACGUACAAUAACCUUGACAUCACGGUGACCCAGGCGCUGCGGCACCGCUCUCAGUAUUUUGAAGGCGUUAUGAAAUGCAACAGGCUGGAAACACUGGAAACCAUAGUGGACAGGAUAGUCAAGGCAGAGGUCCAUCGACUGGUGGUGGUUGACGAGAAUGCCAGUAUCAUGGGCAUCGUCUCCCUGUCGGACAUUCUCCAGGCUCUGGUGCUCACGCCAGCAGGUAUAGAUGCUCAACAUUCCUAACUUCCAGGAAUCUGACCUCUCACCCCCUCCCACAGGCCCUCAGGUGCUAAAAGAAAGGCGAGCGUAGUGGAAGUAGCGGAGUGAUGGCGUGCCGGUCGAAGCUGCUUGACGAGAGCUUGAACGCACAGGGUUCAUUCAUCCCGGCUGUGCUCUGUUUGGGAGGCGAGCGAAGUUGGACCCCGGAGUUGUAGGGAUUGUUCUGAGUAACGUGUUGUAAGAGGAAGUGAUGGGCGACCUCAGGGACUGAUUCAUAGGGAUUGAUUCACGGCAGGGCCAGUCUACACAAUGGAAGUCCACUUUUAUUUCCCAAAGGGAAUCAUAACAUCAGUUCAGACGGCUGGUUUCACAGGCCUCGAGUAAACCCUGGUAAGAAAAGAAAUAAAAUAAAAAAGUGGAAGGUUUUUUUUUUUUUUUUUUUUUUUUUUUCAAGUUGACAACCAGGUCAGUUAAAAUAACUUUUUUUGUAUUUUUAUGAAUUAUUUAUGGGAAGUGUUUCAGAAAUGCCUUUUAAUCAAGUAUAAAUUUCAAUUUUAAAAAUAGCAACACACACUUUUGUGUUGCAUUGAACAUGGACUCCAUUUGAAUGAACUACUUUUAAGUUUAACAUACAUUGGGCAUAUGAAUUUAAGUAGAUCUUCCCUCAAAUUGACACAAGGCAGGUUUAUUGCAUCCUUGUAUCAUUAGUGCCUUACUAUAUGUCAGGGCACAGUCAUGUGGCAAGUGUCACCCAUCACUGGCUGCUAAUGAAGUGAAUGUUAACAAAUCAAUACUGUAAUUGAAUGUGAAAAGUCUUUAAAACCAAAACCAUGCAAAGUGAGUGUUCAUCGCUAACUUGUCAAAAACAAACACAAAAUCAUAAGCUGUUCAUAUAUGAAUUUAAACUUUGAGGUUUUUUUUUUUAUUUUUUAUUUCAGAACAAAAAAUAAAAGUUAUUGCUUUCUUUAUUUUGGAUCAUGCUGUAGAGAAGAGUACAAAAAGGGUUUAUAUAUUUUUGCUUUUUAAUAGCAUCUAUUUCAUUAAACACGGGUGGCGGAUUGGAGGGGUGCUCCCCAUAUGUAUUAGUAAAUGGUUUUCGAUGGUUGUUGUUAAUGAUUUGUUUGGACCCUCAUGGUAGCUGCCUGUCCAUGCAUCCAAGCUACAUGGCAAUGAAAACAACCCCCUGCACUGUAAAUAGAAAGUUCAUAUUGAGGAAGCUAAAGUGCCAGAGAGAGGUAUAUUUUUCUGUGUAUGAAAAUGUAAAAUCAUGUUGUUUGUAUGAUUGCAGAUUUAAUUUUUUGUAACUGUUAUUGUGGCAUAUAUUGUUUUCAUACAGUUGCGUAGAUUCAGGAAAGUAUUUCUCAAUGCAAAUUCACAUUAAAGGCAUGAAAAUGACACUAUAA